GUAGCAUCACUGCAGUGCUGCACGACUGAGUGUGUCUUCGACGCGUGUCGAGAUUUUAACUCUGAAAUUAACUAAAAUACCUAACUGUUAGGCCCUAGUUUUUAAACUGCACGAAUUCUGUCGGAAGUAAAGCUUACAACCACAGGAGGAUGCGUGGUAUACUAGUUUUUCUUGUGGCUGUCGGGGCUGCAUCUGCCCUCUACGAUGCUAGUGACGAUGUGGUGGAACUCACAGCUGGAAAUUUCAAUACGAAAGUCAUCAACGGUGAUGCUGUUUGGCUUGUUGAGUUUUAUGCACCAUGGUGUGGCCAUUGUAAAAGCCUAGCACCAGAGUGGAAGAAAGCCGCUACUGCUUUGAAGGGCAUUGUUAAUGUCGGAGCAGUUGACAUGGAUGUUCAUGGUUCAGUCGGCGGCCCAUACAACGUCAGGGGAUUCCCCACAAUAAAGGUCUUUGGAGCCAACAAGAACAAUCCUUCAGAUUACAAUGGUGCUCGAUCAGCUUCCGGAAUCACAGACGCCGCGAUGAAGACCCUCAAGGAGACGGUCUCUGCAAGGCUCAGUGGUGGCAGUGGCAAGCGUGGAGGGAGUAGUGGAGGAAGUGGCGGCGGAGGAGGUGGAGGCAACAAGGGAAAUUCAGACGACGUGAUUGAAUUGACCGAUGGUAACUUUGAGAAGGAGGUACUUCAAUCUAAAGAGGGAUUCUUGGUUGAAUUUUUUGCUCCGUGGUGCGGCCAUUGCCAGAGACUUGCACCUGAGUUUGCUAAAGCAGCCACGGAACUCAAAGGGAAAAUCAAACUUGGAGCGUUGGAUGCUACAGCACAUACUGUGAUGGCCUCACGAUUUCAGGUAAAAGGCUAUCCCACUCUCAAGUAUUUUCCCGCUGGUGCUAAGGAUUUUAACAGCGCUGUGGAUUAUACGGGUGGUCGUACAGCAUCAGAUAUCGUCGCCUGGGGACUUGAAAAAGCUGCUGAUUCCGUGGAACCACCAGAAAUUUUGGAGCUUACAGGUAAUGAGGUUUUAGCAGAAGCAUGCCAGGAGCAUCCUCUGUGCAUCGUCUCAGUUCUUCCACACAUCUUGGAUACUGGAGCCGUGGGUAGGAAUCAGUAUAUACAGAUUCUCAGUGAGUUAGGAGAAAAAUACAAAGCCAAGCUUUGGGGAUGGGUGUGGACAUCGGCAGGAGAGCAUUCGUCAUUGGAGCAGUCUCUUGAUAUCGGUGGCUUUGGAUACCCUGCCAUGGCUGUUAUGAAUGUCAGGAAAAAGAAGUUUUCUAUCCUCAGGGGGUCAUUUGAUAAAGCGGGAAUCGAUGAAUUUUUACGUUCCAUUUCUGUUGGAAGGGGCUCAACACAAAGUUUAAGAGAUGGACUCCCAGAGAUUCAAACUGUAGAAGCAUGGGAUGGAAAAGACGGACAGCUGCCAGUGGAGGAUGAUAUUGACCUCAGCGACAUUGACUGGGAUGAUGAAGAACCAAAUAAGGAUGAACUUUGAACUCUGACCUCAACAUUUAAUUUAUUCAACCCUGGACUCCUGCAAUAAUCUCCAAGCUUCAUAUCGUGUGUGUAGUCUCGCUUCAAGAUGUAAAAGAUGUAAUAAAGGAAAAGAAGAACAAUACGUUAAUGCAUUGUAAUAUAUUACCUGGGCCCCCAACACAAAGCUUACUGAAGAAUUAUAGGAGUGAUUUUUAGGAUUGAUUGCAUUGAUAAUGGUGUACAAUCUAUUAUAAAAAUCAAGUUGUGUAUUGUAACAGGGCCUGACGUGAAAGAGAACUGCACACUUUUUGCAGUUCUCCUCUAAAUUCUGGUAGAUAUCUCAAAAAUGCAAACUUCAGUUCUACUCAAUAAUUCAUGUAAAUUCCCUGUUUGCAGUCCAUCCAUUUCUUGUUCUGUAUUUAAUCCCUGCUUUAUUAUAUAUAUCUUUGUGCUAUGGGAUUCUAAUCUUAUUCACAAUAAUGUUCAUUUUUGUGUAUUUCACAUAAUUUGUUACCUUUAUAUACCUACUUAUUUUUUGCACCAGAUUAUAUAUGAAUCUCCAAUAUGGUAUAAACAUUGUCUAGUAUAUUUCAUUGACCCACUGUCUGACAAGGUGAUUUUCCAAAUACAUGUAAAGUUUUUCCAAAUUGUUUGAAAAAAUGUAAAGUUUGGGGAACGGGAGAGGAAGUUAAACUUUACCUCUCCAUUUCUGAAAAUUAUUGUCUGUACCUUUGUAAACAUAGCCAGUAAUUUCUCUUGAAUUAUUCAAUUGUUUUUGCCUAGCAAUAUUAAGGGAUUUGCAGUUUCUAAUAUUCUGAAAAGCAAUCAUAAUUUGUACACUUUUUUUGUAUUGGACAUGAAAAAAUUGAACACUUUUAUUUGUGAAAACUCUCGGUGGCAAACAGGAUAUUGAGUUUCUUUGGUUCUGUCUCAUGGGUUUGAUACAUUCUUGUAACAUUCCAACAUAUUAAUCAAUCCUUUUUCUUUUAAUAUGCAAUAACAUGUUGAUAAUGAGGUUUCAACCAGUACUCAAAUUUGUUUGUACCUUUUUUUUUUGGGGGGGGGGUAUGUAGAUUUGAUUUAUGUUUGGGUCAGUAAAAGGCACAAUAGAGAGGGAAUUGAUUAUAGCUGUCAUGUUAUUCCAAGAGGUGAAAAAAAAAAUGAUGCGGAUUAUUAAUCAAUGAAUAUUAUUGAAUAUUAUGUCAGUCAUUAAUGUGUUAUUGUUCAUUGCAAUUAAAUUUAUCUUUGCUUUCCCACAUUUAUCACCACACAUAGAUGUGAUGUAUGGUUGUAUGGCACUAUCACAGAUAUUCAACUUCAUUACUGGAAUGAUAUUGCAUUGCAUAUAUACCCUUUCACUCACUCUUCUGCACCUUAAUACAGCUUGGGUAAUAAUUACGAGACUAGUUUCCUACCAAGUUCCCAUAUAUGGUUUGGUCUGAUAAUUAUUUCCCAAGCUGUAGGUCCUCGACUAUUGAGAUCACUUUUUUGAAUCGUAGUAAGACAUAAAUCCAGUCUUCGAAAGAGAAAAUUAUGAAGUAUACCGUUUUGGUUCUUCAUUGGCUACAACUAUAGGUGCCUUGGGAAGUAACGCUAGAUUAGAAUAUUGAUUCAUUCUUUACUUAUAGAUGUUUAUGUUGCUCUGGUCUUUUGUAAUUAUGCCUACAGAUCUAUACAUUUCAGACAAAAAUUAUACUCCCUAAUCAUAGGACUGCAUCGUCACAGCCAAAGCAAUGCCAGGAGCAAUUGUUAGCCAAUUUAGUUUUUAAAAAAUGUUCCCAUGGGAACCAGGGAAACUUAUUUGAAUUCUGUCCUUUGUCUAUCAUCAAGGGUUAUAAUGCUGGUUUUUUUUGAUAUUCAUAAAUUCUGUUUACAUACAUAAAACAGGUUAAUUGCCUUUUAAUUCUGUAGUAAUAUGGUUUGGGGUUUUAUUAAUAUUUGGCUGUUGUUUAAUUAACAAGGGUGACUAUUUGUGCAGUUGAUUCUAAAUAAAAGAUGUCCGUAUCAACCAUUGUUUUGUUGAUUGCCAAUGUUACACUGUGGGGAAAAGUACAGGAGAAACAUAUGUUGCCUUGUUGUAUGACCAGGGGCCUGUAACACAAAGCUUAGCAAUCAUUGUAGAACAUUUUUCUACGAUUGAUUGCACUGACUACAAUGUACAAUCAAUCGUAAAAAUCAAGUCUACGAUUAAUUGCUAACCUUUGUGUUACGGGACCAAGGGCACUGUAACACAAAGCUAACCUCCAUGUUUUAAUUGUGAAUCAAAUUAUACAUGUAUGAUUGAUUGCAUUGACUGCAUUGUAUUAGCAUUCAUGGAAAUCAAUCGUACAAUCAAUCACUAAAAGCCUUUUUGUGAUUGGACCAAGUUUUUCACAUUUUGUAUAUCCUGCGUCAUGUAGUUGUUGGAAGGUUCGCAUAUAGGGUGCGUCGUGGUCUAGUGGUUCUGACUCUCGCCUUUGAAACAGAGAGUCAUGGGUUCGAAUCCUAGCCAUGGCGUGUUUUCCUUCAGCAAGAAAUUUAUCCACACUGCUGCACUCGACCCAGGUGAGGUGAAUGGGUAACCGGCAGGAGUAAUUCCUUGCAUGCACUGAGCGCCGGUGAUGGUAGCUCGAGCUAAAGCCGGGGUAAUAAUAACAGCGCUUUGUAUCCUCAGGCAAAAAGCGCUUUAUAAAUCCAGCUAUUAUUAUUAUAGCUCAUUUCCAGAUAUUGAGUGAUGUUGUGCCUGCCCGUGUAAUAUAAGAAGGAUCACAUUCAACUUCUCUGGGGCCCUGUUUCAUAAAGAGUUACAACUAAGGUAACUUUGCCAUUAUGGUAACAGGCCUUAGUCACAUGGCUGGGCAGCCAAUCAUAUACAAGGUUUCCAUGGUAGUUGUAAUCAAUUUACCAUGUAACGUUGAAUCUUUAAAUGAAACAAGCCCCUUUAAUUCACUGAUUGAUAUAUUGAUAAAGCUUGUUGAUAGACGGGAAUAAUCAUCGUUUCUGUGAUUUCUUGAACAAAUUCUGACAUUUCACUGUCAAUCCCCUUUCAUGUAUUGGUGAGUGGAGCUAACGUAGUAUGUACAGAGACUGAAGCUUUUGGUCUAAUUAUUUGAAUGCCCUGUACUGCCGUUGGUAAUGCAGUGAAAUCUGAAUCAACCAUAUGUCGUUUCUUUUAUUUAUUUCAAGAGGAUUUAGUUUUGGGGUCUAACCUUUCAUGUCAUUUUUGCAUUUUCUGAUGAAUAAAUGCCUCACAUGUUGUUUUUCAAAUACA